GAGAGAGAGAGAGAGAUGAUCGCGUGUACUUGCUCUUUCUGGCUGGCCUGGCAGAGAUCACAGAAAUGGCAAACACACAGUAAGAUAAGUUGGGCACAAUUGGACGAUGCUGCUGACUCGUCAGCACGAAGAAUAACAGGACAGCCGAAGCCGAUUAGUCUAACGUCAAUAGGCAGGUGACAGGCCAGGAGGAAUACCAAAUACUUUUCGAGCGCUACAGGCACAGACAUUUGUAAGAGGUUAUAAGGCAUCGUUGUUGGUACUCAAACACUAUGAGGACUUUCUCCAAUGAGGCGAAUGUGAGCGUCGCUUGUGUACAUGAAUGUCAACGUAUGCAGCUGUUCCGUCUCGAUCUGAUCGUUGCUGAGACAGCGGUCUGCUCGCACGUCAAUAUCAUUAAUACAUCAAUCGUCCCGCGAGUUCGACUGGCGUGCCGUUCAAUGGAUUGUUGUCGAGAAAUCGAGAAUGCGUGGAGGUUUUAACAAUUGUGUGUACAUAGUGAAGCGCGCUGUAAUGAGUACACACGUAUACGUCGCUCGACGGUUACGCGUGGCUGCUCCUGAUCGCCGUUGAUUUUCGACUUAACAUCGCCUAUGACAACGUCUCGACUCUCGAUCAAGAUAUCAGGACGUAUAUCACAUAUGGAUUUUACUUCUUCAAUUAUUGUCGUACAGAGUACAAAGUCGAGAAAUUAGCGGUGAAGUAUAGAAUGAUCGAAUUUAGCGCGAAGUAUUUACAUAGAAGAAAUUUAUAAUUUUUGUAUAUAUCGUAUCCAUGUGUAAGCUGUGAGGUGCAACAUAUAUGUAACGGAAACUGAGGGGAGAUCCUUAUAUAGCCCAUGGUAACAUGACAUAAUUAUUAGUAUAUCAUCAGUACAGGUGUGAUACAGCUGAAGAGAAUAAUGUUAUACAAUGGCAAAUGACAUAUGUGUCAUACGUAUGCAUAUGUGCUGAUGACUACAUUAGUGAGUUAAGUAGAAGAGAACAAUGUCAGUUCCUUCUUGCUCCACAAGUAAAGAGUGGGAUAACACAAACCUUAGGGAGGAAGUGACAUAUGCAAGAUGGGAACGUUUCAACAAUUGGGUGCAUUGUAUAUGCAUUGUUACUUUUGAUCUCGAAUUAGGCCAAGCUAUAGAGGCAAUUUAUCCAACUCAUAUCAAGCUAUCAGAGCAGGAAAGAUCCAAUGUUUGUUAUUUAGCUUUUCCUGACUCCAAUUCUGGUUGCAUGGGAGACACUCAGUAUCAUGUGAGAAUAAGGCAAAGUAGUAAAGUAGUGCAAGAGACCAGUGCUCUCAAAGAAUAUGACAGGAAGUCGCCCUCUUUUCUGCAAACUGAUAGAGAUUAUUACUGGGGAUACGUGUAUUUUCGACAAGUGAAGGAUAAGUCUUUGCCAAGAGGAUAUUUUCAAAAGAGUGUUGUUAUAAUUACGAAACUGCCAUUUGUUAAUUUGUUUGGCGAAUUGUGCGCUUUAGUCGCGCCCGAAUUCUUCGAAACUGGAACUGCUCUCAUGGAAGCCGUGGUGCGCGAAAUCGAUCAGUGGCCUCCGCCAAUUCCAGGGCAGAUAGUUCAUUUACCUCUUAUUGGUGUAUUAUUUCAGACGUAUAUCCCGAAUCAAAAUUACAAAGCCACUAUCCCAUCGAUCGCUGCCAUGGAACAUGCACCGAAUAUGCACGCGACGCGAAGACUGAUGUUGACGUCAGCCUACGAGGGAGAUAUGUUCCGUAGUUUAGCCAGUGUUGUUAGUUACGUACAUUUAUUAUGGGAGCUGGUACUUCUUAGCGAGCCGAUUGUCGUGAUGGCGGGCUCGCCCACUACAUGUUCCGAGAUGGUCCAAGCACUUAUAGCCAUGAUCGCACCGUUGAAAUACUGCUCCGAUCACCGCCCGUACUUUACUAUACACGAUUCGGAAUUCAAGGAGUACACCACGGACUCUCCUGCGCCGCCCGCCGUGAUUCUAGGUGUGACCAAUCCGUUCUUCGCCAAAACGUUGCAACAUUGGCCGCAUAUCAUCCGCAUAAGCAACGGCAGCAACAGCGAUCAGAAAUAUAAAAUCAAGAAGUCCGAGAAUCUCAAGGUGCUGGACUCGAAACCUGGCGUCUACACUCAUUACAAGCCGUUCCUGCAGAAAGAUAAGACUAUCCUGAAGAAGCUGUUCAGGGGCGUGCAGACGAAACGACCGGGCGAGGUGCAAACUGCGCUCUUGAAACGUCACCUGAUCGAGCUAACGGAGAGCUUCAUGAUCCCGCUCGAGAGGUACAUUGCGACUCUCAUGCCGUUGCAAAAGAACAUAUCGCCUUUUAAGGCAACUCCUACACCGCAAAUGUUCAAUCCAGACGACUUCCUAGCUAGCUUAAGUAGCUCCGGUCCCCAAUUGACUACAGGUAUUAAGGGAGACUGGGUAGGAUUGUAUAAACGGUUCUUUCGAUCGCCCAACUUCUCCGGAUGGUUCCAUGCCAGGUACACGGAGUUGAGUCAGCAAUUGCAGGUCAAACAAUUGGAGAAGCUAUCGCAGGCGGAUCUGAAAACAUGGGUUCAAGGGAAGCAAGAAGUGGAGGUAGUCGAUAUGAUUUUGAGAAUCCGGCAGAAACUGGAGAGAAGUUGCAUCGAUGACGUACCAAUCGAUAACUCUGUAAAGGAGAGGCUGAAGGAGAGAAUAGACGACAUUACGCAUGUAUUGCCGGACGAUCUGAAGGUUAUUCUGAGACAAGAGUCUUGA